AAACUGCUGUUACUUCUAUCCGCCAUCUGUUGGAACAAGCUGUGUAAUCAAUUUAUAUUGUCAUUACAGUUUUCUGAAUUUAUUUUCCGAAGUAUCAUACAAAAACAAUAAUGCAUAUAUAUCGCACAUGAAAACCUUCACUUCAUUAGUACCAGUCAGAACGUGUGAACUAAGUCUGUCUUUUGAAUUUAGUGUUUUUGUGUUUUCGUUCAUUCGUCCAAGUUUAUAUUAUUUUACUGACCUCACUGCUGUUGUCUUUCUCCAAUCAACUAUUUUCCUUAUCAAUCGAAUUUUUAUCUUGAAAAGACUAUCAAGGGGCAUAGCAUAUACAAAUCCAAAUCCAAAUUACUUGCCCACAAAAGGAUAUAGUUAUAAUAAAUAGAAAAUGAAUCCCGAUAAUAAUGAAGUUCGAAGGGAAACUACAAUUGUUACAAUUGAAAGUAUACCAAAGAGGUUCGCUGAUGACAGUUUUAACCAGCAAGAAAUGAACCCUGAGAAAAAUGAAGUUGAAACAACCCCAACAAAUACAGCUGAAAGUACACCAAUGAGUGCCAAUCCUCCGAGCAAUCCUCAAGCUAGUCAAAAGGAAACACCGGAAGAAAAAGUAAGGGUGCACGAUAAAAAAUUACUGCAUUUACAAUCAUCAGAUGGAAUAAGUUUCUCAGUGCCUGUAGAAAUCACAAGAAUAUCGACCACACUCUAUGACAUGGUGGAAAACUUGGGGUUAGACGAUGAAGUGGUCAUCCUACCUAUAAUUGAGGGUAAUAUAUUGAGCAGAAUAAUUGAGUGGGCAGAGCGUUACGAAUUUGAUCCGGUAUUAAUAGAAAACCUUAGAGAUGUGAGACCAUUGUCCAAUUGGAAUGAUAGAGAAUUUGUCAAUUACGAAGCUACCACCUUGUUACAACUGUGCAAAGCAGCGGAUUAUUUAGAUAUAAAAGGAUUGUAUGACGUAACUUCUAAAGCAAUGUCAAAACAUCUGGACGGUAAAAACUUCGAUGAAGUAAUGGAAAUAUUAGAGAGGUCAAAGUGGGAAGCUUUUCAGGAAUCUAAGCCUAGAAUAUUAUAAUGAUAGAAACUUUCAAUCGAAAUUUUUUUAACUGAUGUUUUCAAUAAAAAUUCAAAUGUAUCACAUUUGAUGAUUAUAUUCAAUAAUUGAAUUAGUUUAAAAUUCACAGCAAUUAUUGAAACGUCUGAAAUUGGAGGAAAUAUUUGUUACCUUCACUUGUAUGUCUUUUAAUAAAUCAAUUUCUGUGUGAGAAA